AUGAAAAUGUACCGGGAGCACUACCAAGAUUUGUUGAAAGAUGGCGUACACCCGUACAUGGUACUAAAUUUUGAUCAGCUGUGGAGAUGUGCUUUCAGUUGGGAUGGCAAGAUGCAGUGGAAAGAAAGAGGUUCCAUAGGAAAGCGAGGAAGGAAGAGACGCGCACCGCGUCAACUUGACAAGAAGAGGCAUGCGGUACGUGGUGCUCGCAAGAGCAUAACGGAUAAUGCGGGAAGUUGGAAAGCCUUGCCCUACGAAGCCGCAGGGGCGGUGGUGCGAUCCUUGAUGCAACACUGCCACACGCUUGGGAAUCUCAGUUCUUCCCUUGCAAAGGCUCUUGAAGAGGACCCAGCAGUAGAGAAGCAAUCCAGCAAAAGUCUGUCCCAAAAACUGAGAGCGUUAGAGGAUGUUGAAAGGUAUAUUGUGUUCAACCCCAGAACCGGUCAAAUGGCCACCGCGGCAUGGAUUGAAAAGCACAUUCUGGUGCAGCAUGGUGUUCCAACAUUCAAGAAAGCGUCAAAACAAAACCAAACUCCCAAAAUCCUGACACUUGGAAUCAAGAUCAAGGACAAGUCAGUGAAGUUGACCCUCGAUCUAGGUUUUGAUGAGAAGAACCCGAGGCCUGUGAGGUGUUUACAUUUGGCCUCACGUAAAGCUCAGAGCGACCUAACUGAGCUUGAGCAAGGUUAUGGUCACAUGGGGCAACCUUGGGACGAAGAUGACCAAGACUUGGAUGAAGUCGACUUCCCAGAUGACAGCAGUGACAAUAGGAAGGAUGAGAAUGAUUUCGAGGACGAAAUCCCCGAUGAUGCUGCUGGUAUUGAAGGCGAUGAGCCUGAUCAAAAUGAUCCAGCUCCAGCCGGCAUGGAGGAGAACCAGGAUCUUGAAGCUGCUCUGGAGGAAUUUGCAGGCCACGAUUUUGAGAACAUCGACCACCUGAAUGAUGAAAUUGCUUGGGCCUACAGUGAUGAUGAGGCGGUAGACCUUGAGGAACCAGACAUAGCUGACCGGAUGAUGAAAGUUCUCUUGCCCGAAUCGGUACCAGAAAGGCCGAAGUCAUUUCAGACUCGUCCUGUGUUUAUGGCUUUGGAGGCCGAAGGCCUGACCAUUCUGCCUGCAAUUGCAGGCGUGUUCAUUUCGUGCCAUCCGGCUUCGAGCCAGUGGCAUGGAGCUUACCCCCGAGAAGGUGGUGUAAAGCACACUCACCGUGCACCGAAAUGGUCACCCAAUCUUCGCUCUGAGCGCGAAGCGCUUCUCACAGCGAUCCGAUAUGUUUGGCAUAUCCACUUUUUGAAGACUGGCGAGGGAAAAUCUCACUUAGCCAAAAUCGAUGAAGCUCUGAAGAAGUGA